AUGACGCCGUCAGGCCUAAUCCGUGGCGGAAAUCCCGAGGGGCUGGUCUCGCUGGCAGCACCGUCAGUAGACUGGGCAGCAUCCUGUUGCUGUGCUAUUGNUUCCGCCAAAAUUUCCGGCGAAGCCACUCAGCUGAGCGCCCUCUCCGGCCAGUUGGCGCCCCGCAACUUUCCUGAACCCUAUGGCAACAACGAGGAUGUGGCCUGGAAUAUCACUGUGCCUCCAGGCUACAUCGUAAACUUGUACUUUAGCCUCUUCGAGUUGGAGGCAUCCAACAACUGCGAGUAUGACUACGUCAAGGUACUGAGUAAAGGUAUUGAGCUGGCCACAUACUGCGGAAACGAGAUGGUCAUGGAAGACAGGACCCCCCGUGAAGUACACCUGACGACAUCCAAUAACAACAUGCUAGUCAAGUUCCACUCAGACUUCUCGAACGACGAGCCGUUUCAGGGAUUCCUGGCGCACUAUCGGGCAGAAGGUGCUGAGUAA